UUCUUCUACGCAUGCUUUUAGCGUGAUGUUGAUCUUUCUCCUUCUUGCAAAAACCUGAGCAAUGGCGGACGCGUCUAAAGCUCUCAAAUUAAAAUUAGCCAAUUCUAGAAAAAGGUUCAAGGAAUUACAAGAAAUAAAGAAACAGAAAAAUACAUGUAAAUCAGCCGAAAACGAGACCGAUGCGAAAGAGCACACCCCGGCAGAUAGCUUGACUAGCUCCACGCACAGCUCGAUAAAUAACGAACUAAAUACCGAACCGAUAUCCAUGCAAGCCGCGCAAUUACCCAAUUACUUCAGCAGCAACAAAGAUAGCUCCACGUUCUUCGAUUCGCUCGCUUCCCAAAGCAAUUCGAGCAGCCUUUUCAACCCUCUCGUGGGUAGAACGAGCGGUAACUUCGAGCACAUGGUCACCAAUAUCGUAAAGACUCCGCAAUUAGACCAACAAGGAUCCUUCGAAGACAAUUAUUCCUUAUUUAACCGAAGCAAUCAACAGAGCUACUUGAAAGAAACGCAGAGAAUUAUUAGACCUAACACAGAUGAAGAGGUAGUAGAAGAUAAUAACGAAGAGGGUGAAUUAUACGAGAACAAUCAGCCAUUUGUUACGGAAGCUCAAAUAAUUAUUAGACCUAAUGCGGAGUGUAAUGUAGUCGAAGAGCCCGAUAGCAAGGCAAAUGAACCUCACGAAAAUAACUCGGGUAAUUCGUUUUCCGAUCAAAGCACUCAUUUGAUAGAUUAUUUACAAAGCCAGACGCAGCAAGUGAGCGACGUGGAAAACAAAGCGAUGAGACACGAAAUCGUGGAGCAUUCGAGCAAAGCGAAAGAAGGUGUACAAAAUUCCAAUAUAAAUAGCAUAAAUUAUUAUUCCAAUCAAAUGGCGCAGUAUCAGCCGUUCGACAAAACCGAUUCGAUGAGCGACUUAGAAAAACGAAACAUCGACUUGCGAACCAAAUUAGAAAACGAAAAACUCCUAUCGGAACAGCAAAAAUUAAAAAUCAACGAAUUAGAAUCCACGAUAUUUCAAUUAAAAAGUGAGGUUCGUUCGAAGGUCGAUCACUCCUCGGAUAUCGACAAGCUUAAAGAAGAAUUGCAAUGUCACAGUCAAACGAUUAGAUUACUCGUAAGCGAAAAAUCCGAACUAUCCAACAGUCUAACGCACAUCGAAACGGAUUAUAAAAAGAAGAUUUCGGAGUGCGACGAGCUGCAGGCGCGAUUGAAGAACUCGCGAUCGCGCGCCUUCGAACUGGAACAGGAACUGAACCAUUUCAAGUCCGAGAAGGUUCGCAAGGAGAGCAGCGGAGCAGAGCGAAACGAAGCGUUGGCGAUUCUGCGAAGGGACCACGAUCGACUGCGAGAGGAAAAAGACGAGCUCUACCAGGACCUGCUGGAGGUCAGAGAAAAGCUGAAGACCACGUUGGAGGAGCAUUCGAAUCUGCAGAAAACCAACGGGGAAUUGGCCAAUAAAUUGUCUUUGGCCGAAGUUAAAAUCCAACAGCUCGGCCAUUCGGGUCCUCAAGCGGCUGCUGCGGGCGAUUUAGAGAAAUUGAUCGAGCAGAAACACGAAUUAGAACGCGAAUUGGCUAACAUGAGUACGUUGUUGAAAAGCUUAACGAAAGAACGCGAUGAAUCGACCAACAACUAUCAGCAUUACACGGAGAAGCUCAACGCGCAAUUGGUAACGUUGCAGGAGCAACACGAUCGCCUGCAGCAGGACAAUGAGAACCUCUGCGUGCAAGAACAGAACCGCAUCCGGCACAUCGGCGAUUUGGAAAGGCAGCUGCAGAACAUCCAGAACGAUCGAUUGGCUCGCCCGGCCAGCGUUUCGGACGGCAAUUUGAAAAACGAUUUAGACAUCACCAAAGAGCUGUGCCUUCAAUUGCAGAUGGAAAAAACCGAAUUAGAAGAAAACUACACUAAAUCGUUGAACGAAAAAGAAAUGCUCCUGAAAGAACUAUCGGCCAAAAACGACUCGCUGAGUCAAUUAGAAAGCAUGAUAGAACAACUCAGGGGCAACCAACCCGACAGUGUUAAAUUAUUGGCGACGAUGGAAAGUGACAAAGUCGCCGCCGCCCGGGCGGUACAACAAAACAAAGAACUCAAAGAGCAGCUCGAGAGCAUGCGAGAGGUGUUCGUCAAAUUGGACAACGACAAAGUCGAACUGACCGAGAAGCUGUCGCUCGAAACCUCCGCCGGCAAGGACCUGCUCGAGAAGCUGCAGAAGACCGAGUUGCAGCUGCAACGGCUCACCGACGCCAUCGAGAUCAAGGAUCGCGAGCUGUCGAUGCUGCGCGAAUCCCUAGAGGAGCUCGACAAGCGAGCCCUGCAACACGAGCAGCUCGCCGAUAGACUGAGGCACUACGAGGCCAACGAUAACGCCUCGCAGGCGCUGCAGAACGAACUGCAAGAGGCCAAACAGACGGUAGUUAGACUCACCAACGAUAUAAACAAUCUGCGAAAUCGAGAGAAUGCCGGGAAUGGCGAGGACGUCGACGCGUUGAAGGUGAAACUGGAGGAGUUGGAGUUGAGAAACGAGGAGUUGCGAUGUAAAUUGGAACACGAUUCGAAUUUCAAUGAAGCUUUAGAGGCCGGUGAGCAAGAAAAAUCGGAGAGUUAUUUGGAGAAGGAGGUGGCGAUGGAGCGCUUGGAGGAGAAAGUGAAACGUACGAUGCAGGAAAUCGCCGAUUUGACUGAUGAAAAACAGAGAUUAGAACAUUUGGUGCUUCAAUUACAAGGCGAGACUGAGACUAUCGGCGAGUACGUUGCGUUGUAUCAACAUCAAAGGAUGAUAUUAAAGCAGAAGGCAAUCGAGAAAGACGAGCAAUUAAGGCAGUUGGCGACGGACAGGGAGCAAAUAAAAGCGAAAUUAGACAAGCUGAAUGGUUUAGUGGAAAAACUACUGAAAGAUAAGCGAGUAGAUGCGAGCGUAUUGGACCAAUACAAUACAUUAAAAGAAGGCGAUGCUGUAGAGAAUUUCGAAGAUACCGGACAAUCGUUGGGUUCGAAUUCGAGCGGCGAUGCGGCUGAGGAAAUUUUGGCUUUAUUAUCGGAAAUAAAAACUAGUAAUUUGGUGGAGCCGAAGGAGAGUCUUCACAGUUGCCCGUACUGUUCAGGUCAGUUGAUUACGGUGUAGCUUGUACAUUUUUUCCAUCUCAUGGUGUACUAAUCGAGGGAUAUAAAAUUUGUAAAUUUUUCUAAUGCCUAUUUUGAAUUGAUAUAUUUUAUAUACAAUCUGUUAAGAAAUUUUAUUUAUUUUUUUAGUGGUGUUGUUUCGUGUAUUGCGAAGGAUUAGUCGAAGAUGUAACAAACUUUUUAACUAACAAUUUACAAUGAAUUUCAUAGAGUAGCUGGUUUGUUACAUUUUCGAAUAAUUCUCUACUUCAUGUCUCUAUUAUAUUGCUCAUUUUUUUUUUCAAAUCAUUCAUUUUUCUUUAUACUGUAUCGACGAGAGUUUGUAAUAAAAUAUUCUACCAUCCGAUAUUUA